AUGUGCAUCGUGCAGAAGGGAAUCGGUGGCAAGUGCCAGAUCCGAGUUGCCAAUGCUGGUGACAGUCGCAUCCUUCUCGGCCGGCGAGAUGGCAGAAUAGUAGACGGUGGAGGAACUGACCAAGGCCUGACCACCGACCACAAGCCUUGCCACCCUGCAGAGCGCCAGCGAAUCUAUCGCUGUGGCGGCACUGUCGAGAAGGCAGCCGGUGGCGUUGCACGGGUGAACGGCGAACUGGCGGUUUCCCGCGGAUUCGGAGACGCGGAGUUCAAGAAGACAGGAGGCCCAGGUCCUGAAGAUCGACCAGUGACCUGCAAUCCUGAGUUCGCUCGCUUUGAUUGCGAUGAUUCCCACUUUCUCCUGCUGGUUUGUGACGGGAUUUCGGAGGGAGACUUCCCGAACCCUGAUGUUAUCAGGCAUGCUGCUGCAACUCUCCGGGGCAAGGACGAUCCAGGAAAGGUUGCAGAAGCGGUAUGUGUCAAAGCUUUGGAGUCGCAUUCCAAAGACAACCUGUCGUGCAUGUGUGUCCUGCUCAAAGGUUCCGACAAUCAUCGGGACCUAACUGUCUUUCGUCCCGGGCCCAUUUACCGCCCACAUCACAAAGGCUUUAUGGAGGCUUAUGAAGCCAUGGCCAAAAAGGCCGGCCUGACGCUGGCACAGGCAGCGGAGAUGAGGUACGAGAUGCUGCUUGAGGAGCUAAGCAAACCAGAGGUGGGCGGAGCCAAGCUGGAGGCGCUGAAAGAGGAGAAGAUGAAGCUCGGGUCUCCCGCAGGCAGCAAAGGAAGUCCAGAGCGAGCGGCCUGGUGGAGAUCUUGGGAGCAGAAGCUUCCAGACUCGCAGAACAGCGAGGAAGAUGGUGAUGGAGCUGAUCCGGAUGCAAUGCUGAUGAGGAUGCUGAUGUCGCGAUUCGGUGGGCAAGAUCCCAGCCUUCUGGUGGGCAGUAUGAUCGGAUCCCCAGCGGCGACGGAUGCAGAGGACGGGAAGGACGGACGACAAGUUCGGGUGCCAGAGCUUCGAGCACUGCAGCGAGCUGUGGAGCAACACCCCGCCCUCCAGUGGGAUGAUCGGUUGAGAACGCUCGCCGGUCAAGAGGGGAUUGUUGCAAAAGAUGAUCCUUCUGAUGGGACGUCUUCGGUGCGGUUUCCGCCGCCAAUAGGCCUCUGGACGCACAUCGUCCAUUGCUACCUCGUCUGGGCCAGCGUCCUGCACUUGGGUCCAACAUUGGCCGCGGAGGGUCUCCUGCCGGAUCGAAAAGAUGGACACCUUCAGCACGCAGAGCCUGCUCUGAAGCUCAGCUUUUGCUGCAGGGACUCCGCGCCUUUUGCCUCUCAGAUAGAAGCGGGCUCGGCAGCCAUGGAAGAGAGCCCGAAUCCAAUCUCACUGGACGUGGCGGAGUCACUGGACAUGCCCACGCAGCUGGAUCCUGCCACGCCUCCGUCGCAGGCUCUGACAGAGACCUUGCGGGAGGAGGAUCCCUACCUGAUGUCGCCCAGCGCAUCCAUGAAGAGUUCUGCCAAGAGUCCGUCGGAGAUCGCCGACCUGAGUUGGAGCAGGCAUCAGACCCGGAAGCUCUUCCGGCCUCGCUGGACAACGUCGCACUCGGACAGCCGCUCCCGGAGUUCUCGGACGAUGUCCCAGCAGAGGGUCCUGUCGCUCUAUGUCAUGGGGUUGCAAUACGGCAACUAUCGUCUUCACGAGGGGGGUCAGCUUCUCCACACAUUCUCGGAUGGGUUCUGGUCUCCUGUGCUAGAACGGCUGCUUCAAGGCAUCAUUGAGAAGUUCCAUAGAGAAAAAAAGAAGCAUCAGUCGAUGUUGCAGUGGGCAGCCGAAAGUGGUCUCGUCAUGCCAAGUACACGUCGCAGCAGCACUGCAGUCAUGGAGCUGCCGUUGGAGUCCCGGCAUCUUCCCUCGGGGUUGCCUGAUCCAGAAGAACCUCGUGCCUUGAGAGCAGAGGCCAAGAAGAAGCCCGCCACUGUGCUGCGCCGGCCCAGCGGCACACGCGGUGCCUGCAGCUGUGUUGGGAACAGGCAAGCCGGAAGAGCGUUGGCAGCGUUGGACUCGCUUGAAUCGAAGCGGAGAUAUCGAUGUGGACGCAUGGCAGCGACUACACCGCAUCUGCUUUUCUGA